GGCUGACGUGACGUCAUGUCCGUUUCCCCAUCCGAGCGCAAGGCGAGUCCAGCAUGGCUGACACCGGGCUUUUAGAAGCACUCUUACGGCUGCUGGAGAAGGUGAACGGCGGCAUCGAGAGCCAGGAUGUGGCGGCGGAUCUCGGGGUGGAUCAUCAGCUGAUCGUCGGCGCGGUGAAGAGCCUGCAGGCGCUGGGAGAGGUGAUCUCGGCGGAGCAGAAGUCCUCCAAACGCUGGGAGCUGACAGGAGAGGGCUGUGAGAUCGCGGAGCAGGGCAGUCAUGAAGCCCGAGUGUUCAACGCCAUCCCAGACAAGGGUCUGCCGCAGAAUGAACUCAUGAAAAUGCCGAGUGGGAAGGUUGGUUUCAGCAAAGCCAUGUCCAACAAAUGGAUCCGUCUGGAUAAAGCUCAUGAGGGAGGACCAAGAGUCUUUAAAACCGUGGAAACUAUUGAGGAUACAGUAAGGGACAAACUACAGCUGGUGCAGAAGGGACUGUCGGCAAAACUAGAGGACAAAGAGAAGAAUGAACUCAAGAAACGUAAACUGCUAUCGGAAGUGACGGUUAAGUCAUACUGGAUCACUAAAGGCAGCAGCUUCAGUACCACCAUCACCAAACAAGAGACAGAACUCACUCCAGAGAUGAUCGCCAGUGGAAGCUGGAAGGAGAAGAAGUUCAAGCCGUAUAAUUUCGAGGCGAUGGGUGUCGCUCCAGACUGCGGUCACCUGCACCCGCUCAUGAAGGUCCGGACGCAGUUCAGGCAGAUCUUCCUGGAGAUGGGAAUCGUCCAUCUCGCUCAAUCUCUCUCAGGUCUGAAGAAGUGGGUGGAGGUGGGUAAUUCUGGGGUCUUCAGGCCUGAAAUGCUGCUGCCCAUGGGAUUGCCCAAGGGGGUGUCAGUCAUCGCCUGGGGUCUGUCCUUGGAAAGACCCACCAUGAUCAAAUAUGGAAUCAACAACAUCCGAGAGCUCGUGGGCCACAAAGUGAACCUCCAGAUGGUGUACGACAGCCCAAUAUGUCGACUGGACUCUUAAAUGACCAUCAUACAGCUCAGCAUAUGGAUUCAUUUGUACUCGUGACAAAUCAACUGCAUUUUUAUUGUUUAUUUAAGCCAUAACACACCCUGAACUACACUUUGCUGCUCAGCAUUACUUACGAGGGCCAUGUUGAACAGGCUGACGUCAAAGCAGAGGAAAAGAGUCACGUCUUUACAUUGACCUUAUUACAUCACCACCUGAUAUAGAAAUCCCUAUUGGCCUCCACUCAAAGCUCCACUUCUGCUUUUAUGUAGGUUAAUUCUUUGGUUUCUGUUCCACACACACAGACACACACAUAUAUAUAUGUGUAUAUACACAUAUAUUAGCAUCAUUUUAAUUGAUUUAUUGUCAUUUUCCACUGCCCUUUUCCAUGACAGCUCUGUAAAAGAACAGCCACCCAGUUUGUUCUCAUAACCCAGAAUGCAAUGGAAACUAUUAAAGUCCUCUUACUGUAGAAAUAUUAAACUAAAAAUGUUUCAAAUCUCCA